GUCAGUGAAUAUAAAAUCUCUAAAGUCAACGAGUCCUUGACAACCUUUCAGGGUGUUCGGGGCGAAAGAGCAGGCAUAGAGGCAAUGACAUGGCAAACGAAUCGGGAAAAAUCUAUGCAUAUUGCUGCUGCUAAUCUUCCAAACGGGAAACGAGAACUGGUCUCUCUUACGAAUGAGGAGAUCCUUAUACGAUGUCCAAACGAAAGCACAAUGCUUAGAGUUCUGCCAACGGGAGUUACUGUAAAUGUCGAACAGCUGAAUAGAGUUCUGCCAACGGGAGUUACUGUAAACGUCGAACAGUUGAAUAGACUUCAGAUAGACCGCGGUGGAGGAAAAUUGUCCCUUGGGAGCAAUGUGCUCGCAACUGAUGUCAUCAAUGUAUUUUGA